UUUAAAAAGGCCAUCGUCUCAAGCUUCUGUUUGUCUGUUCCUUGUUGACCGAUAUUUCGCUGCGUUUCUAUUCGCGUUCUUACGGUAGCGUCUUCCGCCACACGGAAGAAAGGGUCCAGCUAGCUAGAAAAACACAGGGAUGUAACAAUUUUUCUACUGCGUCGGGGUUUUCCGUAUUUUGUAGACCGUUGCGUGCACGUACCCUUUUUUUUAUUUAUUUAUAUUCGUUCCCGUGCAUAUUACUUUGUAGUAUUUAACAUGGCGACGUGCAUUCCCUUCCAAACACAGUUAUCCUCAAUAAUGGAGGUGCUGGUGAAGGCAGCAGUGGCUGAGAUAUCCAAACUAGUCGAUGACAAAUGUGCGUUUUUGCAUCUUGAAAUAUCCCGAAAGCAGAGCGAGAAUGAGAUGCUGAAAAGGAAACUGAUGGUGAUGGAGAACAAGAAUGCACAGCUGCAGCGCGGAUUCGAAAACUACAUGGACCGAGGAACUGAUCCCACAGGAGAUAUAAAGUUUCCUGAGAUUGAAGAGGCCUCUGUUUCCUUCACAAUUAAAGAAGAGAGUCCAGAUGAGGCGCUAUGGAUCAGUGAGUCUGUUGGACCGAUCAGCUCUGCUGUGCAAUACCCCAACGCUAAUAACGCUCCAGAGAACCAGCAUUUCGAAGAGGACCACGAGUUAACCCACUCAGAGGUCGCCAGGCAGAAACCUCCAGACUUCAGCGACUCGUAUAACCCUGGUCAGCACGGGGUCGACAUCGGCGGCCUUCAGUUCACCGUCAAGACGGAGAAGGAGGAGGACCGGCUGGCGUUCAGACAGGAUGGGUGCCAACACAACGUGGGGAAGCAGACUCAGAUUGCUGCUGACUUUUCCAUGGACGAAAGGGAGAAUCAGCUCUGGUCGUCCAUAAUUGAAGGUAAUGACAUUGACACCGGUUUCCCCGACUUCUCUAGCGUAGUGGAGGAGUACUCCAACACAUUCCCAGACCAUUCAGAUGCAAACGAGGUUUCCAACAUGAGCAAAACUAGUGUUCAGCAGUCGCCCUCUCAGAGACUGUGCAACGGGAUUUACAACAGCGAGUUUCAGAAGGACGUUCCACAGUCGUCCGGUUUUCAGCCCAGACCCCAGGCUGCCCUGUCGCAGCAAGACAAGCACAAGGAGCAAAUUUACCCGCAGAGGAACACCUCGAACGCUGCUCACCUGAGGCAGCCAGGCGGAGACCCUGAGAGGGAGACCGCGACUGGAGACAGGCAAGCCGCGACCCACCCUCACAACGCUUUCCCGCCGAGCGGCUUCCACCCCCACGCCCUCCACAAGCCCCUCUCCGGCGUGUCCCGGGCCUACGGCUGCUCGCAGUGCGGGAAGACGUUCAACCGCCUGCACCAGUUCAAGCUGCACCAGCAGAGCCACAAGAGAAAGCGAGCGUUCUGGUGCACGGUGUGCGGCAAAAGCUUCCAGUGCUCGUCGCACCUCAGCAUCCACCACCGGACGCACACGGGGGAGAAACCGUACGGCUGCGGGCAGUGCGGGAAGAGGUUCACGCAGCAGAGCAGCCUGAGGGUCCACCAGCGAACGCACAGCGGCGAGCGGCCGUACAGCUGCUCACAGUGCGGGAAGACCUUCAUCCUGAUGCACCAUUUGAAACGGCACAGAAUCAUUCACACGUACAGCUGAGAGGGGACGGCGCGUCUCAGGUGGACGGACACGAAUGAAACUUUGACACCAAAUGAAAACGCUGCAACUUGUUUGUUUUUUUUUUCUGGGUUGGCGGUUUUUCAACCUCGUGAGGCAUUUACUGACAGACUUUGUACAUUGAUGCAUAUUUUACUAUGCAAAGACUAUCUGGAUGGAUUUUAAAACGUUCGCUUCUGUUUUCUUUUCUUUCUUUCUUUUUUUUUUAAAUACUUGUCUCGAGAUUAUGAAAAUGUGAAACCGAACUGCACCCUCAUUCACGCAAGUCAGCAUUUGUGAGACACUUCCAAAGCUAGAAAUCCAAAAAAAAAAGAAAAAGUGGAAUCAUCAAACAAGAAUCUUCCAGCCUUCCUCUUACAGCUACUCCUCAACUCUUUGUUUUUAGCUUGUCGUGUAGAAAUGAGCCUUACUUCAUGUCAGUAAUGACAUUUUUUAGGAGCACAAGAUUAUAAUUUUUUCUCAUUUGCUCUCUCCUCAUCUGUGACGAGUGCAAAUUCAGUUUGAAUCCAUUGAAUAUUACCUCUCAGGUUCAUGUUUAAAUGUCAAUAUCUGUAAAAUAAUAAUAAUAAAAAAAAUGCCUGGCUCCAUAUUUCCAUGAAAGUUCAUCCCAGAAUCAUUUUCUCUUGUUUAUAUUAAAAAAAAAGUGUUAAAACCAACUGC